UACAGUCUAUCGGUUAUCGGUUAUCGGCACAGCUGCCAAACGAAUUCUCGGUUUGUUUACAAACUUUUCAGUUUGUUUGGAUUUUUAUGUUCUCUGAAAACGGUGCAGUUGGUGUAGGAUGCUGAGACACUGUCUUGCCAACGUGGACUAUGCCCGCCUCCACGCCCAGCAGCAGUUACGCCCCAAAUGCGGGGAGAUCUUCUACGAGCAGGAGGCCAAUUCCUUUCAACUGAUCUGCCUCCUGUGCGAGAUGAAGCACUUCACCUUCGAGGACUUUGCCCGGCACAUUCGAAACGUGCACUUUGACAAGCAGGGCAGGCCGCUCACGGAGACGUUCACAAUGUCGGCCGCCGCCGCCGUCGAGCCUUUUCCCACUAGCAUCAGGGCCGCUCCAGAGCCGCAUCUCGACUUAAUGUGGAAGGAGGAGGGCUUAGAUAUCGAAGCAGAGCCCGAAACGGAGGAGGUUAAUCCUUUGCGCAUACUGACAGUGGAUGAAAACCUGACUGAUGGCGAUGAAACGAAAGAUUCUCCGCCCUGGCACUCAGAUCGCAAGAAUUUCUCCGAUUUUGAGAGCGACAAUGGGGAUCUGGAUGAGGAGACAGAGCUACAAGAUAUCCGCGGCAGCCUUAAAGACGAGGAGGAGGAGGAGGAGGAUCAGCAAUCAGUAUUCAAGAAACAACGCCAGCCCAAGGACUACAACUGUCCGCACUGUGAUCGCAAGUACACCACACAGAAAUACCUGAACACACACCUCAAGAUGAGCCAUCCGCAUCCGCAGGCCUUCAAGUGCGACGAUUGCGAGGCCACCUUUGAUGCGGAUCGGGCUCUGGCCCAACACCGGCGCAAGGCGCACACAGAAUUUGGCUGUCAGCUGUGCGAGAAGGUGUUCAAGAGCUCCCGUUCCCUGCUGCGCCAUGUCCAGGGCCAUUCGGGGGUGCGGCAGUUCAAGUGCGACCACGAGAACUGCGGCAAAUCCUUUGUGAACCAGCACAAUCUUACCUCACACCGUCGCGUCCACAGCGAGGAACGCAACUAUGUGUGUGAGCUGUGCGGCUAUAGAUCCCGCUACCGCGAGGCCCUUAUCGUUCACCGACGCACCCACACCGGCGAAAAGCCAUUCCAGUGCCAGACAUGCGAUCGCUGCUUCGCCUCCAAGUCGCUGCUCAACGAGCACCAGGCCAUGCACUCCACGGAGAAGCCUUUCAAAUGUGACAAAUGCGAGGCAGCCUUUUCGCGGCCCAAGGCCCUCUAUCAUCACAAGCACCUCCACUUGGGCAUCAAGAAGUUCAAGUGUAAGAUCUGUGGCAAUGCCUACGCCCAGGCGGCGGGUCUAUCCGCUCACAUGCGGGUCCACAAGCUGCAGACGGAUGCAGCCAGCGAUGCGACCACAACGACGUCCGCUACGGCUCCCAUUGAGCUGCUGUUUACCUUUUGACCAGCAGACCUGUACAUAUGGUAUUGCCACAAAGCUGAAGAAAGUAUUGACUUAGUUUGUAAAUUAGUUGGAAAUAUCCUGAAAGGCAGAAGAUUUAACUGAAUUCCUUAAGCGUUCUGUCCCUAUAUGAUAAGUUAGCUUUGUCUGAGUCCUGGAAAAUGUAGACAAGGCAGGAGAAAGUGGUAUUUAAUUAUAGCCAACUUGAAAUCCAAU